UCACUUUCAAUCUCACAAGAACAAAUACAAGCUCAGAAAAUCUCAUCAAAAUUAACUAAGCAGCAGAGGGAAACACCUGCAAAAAUGAUGAAAGGAGCAGUGAUAUCAGUGCUGGCUGCUGCAAUCAUCCUCCAGGCGAUGGCAAUGCAAGGAGAGGCAGUUAACUGUGGGCAGGUGAACAAGGCACUGAGCUCCUGCGUUCCCUUCCUGACAGGGUUCGAUACUACUCCUUCUCUUACAUGUUGUGCUGGGGUCAUGGAAUUGAAGAGGCUUGCUCCCACCGUCAAAGAUAAAAGAAUCGCAUGUGAGUGUGUCAAGACCGCCGCAGCUCGCUACCCAAAUAUAAGGGAGGAUGCUGCCUCCUCCCUCCCUUAUAAGUGUGGGGUUGUCAUUAAUGUCCCCAUCUCUAAAACCACUAACUGCCAUGAGAUCAACUAAGAUGCAGGCAUGUGAGACAUAAACCGUUGGAUGCAUCCCUUCUGUAUUGUUUAGUUACAUCCGAAUAAGAAAUUGCUAUUGGACUAAUAAUUUAAUGAUGGAGGGCUAUGUAUCUUGAUCUACAGAAUUACGAUUUCUGUUGUCUUUUAUUUUUAAGAAUUUCAUUUUUAUACAAUGUGUAUUUAUGCUUUAAUCAAACUAAGCAUUCAAUUGCACUUAAAUGCUUAGUUUGAAGAUGAAUUCAUAUUUCAAUUUUACUUGAAUAAUUGCAAGUUUGAA